AUGGCGGUGAACAGCCCUGGUGGAUAUCCUCCCGUCUCCCCUAAGCCUCACACUCCGAAAAGUCCUCGCCAUUUCGUCUUCCCACAAAAAAGUCCUUCCAUAACAUCCAGCACCUCUUCCUCCGGAUACUACACUCCCCAAUCCGGUUGCAGCUAUGACAAGCACAGCCAACCACCGAAAUCCCCAAUCGCGCACGGCCAUCGAAGCCCAAUGAGUCCGAGGCACUUCAAUUUCCCUCAGAAGUGUCCUUCCGAUCGCUCUAGUCCAAGCAGCUUAGACCGCACACACGGCCUACAUUACAGCACAUCUCUGAAGCACAACCGCAGAGAAAAGUCCCGCUCGCCGAAACCGCCUCCCGUGCACAUUCACACAAACCCCGGUUACGUCUCUCCAAAUCGAACUAGGAAACUAUAUGGAUCUACUUCCACAGUGAGCUCACCGCGGCUCGUGACGUCACCGAGUAUCGUGUCUAGCCACACCGAUGACUCCAUAGACGCUAUGCCGGGGACUCCAUCAGCGAUCCUUCACGACGCGGACGACGAGGCAACAACAACCUAUUCCAAGAUAUGUCGGAAAUCAACGUCCGAUCUAACCGAUAUGACUGAUGACACGCCACAGACCCGUUCGACUAGCAUCAGUAGACCGUGCUCUCCGAUGAGACGAGGGUCGAUGAAGGGGGGCCUAGCAUAUCUGGCUAGUCGCAGAGGCUCAAGGGAAUCCACGAUUUCGAACUGCGAUUCUGUCGAAGACAUAGGGCCUCUGAAUUUCCAAAACACGAUGCGUGGGAGGCAACGGAGGACGUCUAACUUUCUAGAAUUACCAGUGGUGGAACAUUCGCGUCCUCGAGUCUGUUCUUUGCCGGAAAAGCCGUACAACCCUCGGGCGUCCGACGACCUGUACCGGCUGCGGACCUUCAGCAUCACGACCAAGGGCGGCGUCGUCAACUGCGGAGACUCCAUCUGCAACCGCCGGAGUCGGUCGAACACUUCCGUCAAUUCAACUAACAGCAGAGCGUCUGACCGAUCUCCGUUCGAUGGUUCUUGCUGUUCCGGAUACAGACCUGUUGAUUCUGCGAGCCUCACCACGCCUGAUGAAGACGAAAUGGACCCAAUUCCGAAGUAUAGAGUGGUGUUGCUCGGCGAUGCGGGAGUCGGAAAAACAGCCCUGGUAUCACAAUUUAUGACGUCAGAAUACAUGAAUACAUACGACGCUAGUUUAGUCAAACGCGACGACGAAUUUGGCGAGAAGUCUGUCUCGGUGUUGCUCGAUGGAGAAGAAUCAGAGCUCAUCUUCAUUGAUCAUCCCAGCACUGAGAUGUCCAUCGAGAACUGUUUGUCGACGUAUGAGCCACAUGCGUGCGUGGUUGUUUACUCUGUGGUCGCCAAGAGCUCGCUGCAAAGGGCCUCGGAUCUGUUAGCUUACCUGUGCAGAGAACAAUUCACGGUCGACAGAACUGUUGUGCUGGUCGGGAACAAGGCGGACUUGGCGAGGGCCAGACAAGUCUCGACUAAUGAAGGCAAAGCACUCGCAACGUCCAGGGACUGUAAAUUCAUCGAGACAUCCUCCGGAAUCCAGCACAAUGUUGACGAGCUGCUCGUCGGUAUACUGAAGCAGAUACGUUUGAAAGAAACAAGAGACAAGAAGCAAGCCAAGAAAACUUCAACUACCAAGGAAGCCAAACCAACAAAACUAGCCAGCUCUCGCACUCAUAUCUCGCUGAGCAUCGCAAGGGAACUGCUACAGAAAAUAUGCAUCAACGAUAUAUCGAAAUCAAAGUCCUGCGAGAAUCUACACGUUCUCUAA